CUAAAUUGGCCACGCCAAAAAAUAGCCGUUGAAUUGCGUGUACAAACCUCAAAGAUUCCCUUCAAGAAAAAAACAAACCGUUGUUUCAAAAUUCAAAACCCUAAAAUCUUCAAUCAAGAGUUCAGAGAUCAGAGAGACAACAAUGGCGAUGGAUGAGGAAUCGAAGAAGAGCCCGGACGUCAAGAAAUCUGAAAAUGCAAACCCUUUGUUCAGCCCGGGGUUCCGGUCAGUGGCGGAGAUGGCCGGCUGGGAUGAAGAGACGCUUCUGAUCGCGUCUCUUGUGGUGGAAGAGACUCCCGAUCGGAACCCUAAGCAGCGCAGACGCAGUCUCAUCAAAAAUUCCGGCACACCGCCGCCGGCAAAUUCAAGGAGGAAAAGGGCCAAGGCUCAGACCUCCUCUCCUAUGCCUGUCACCGUUCUUAACCUGGACGAAGCCGAAUGCCAGAAAUUAGCCAUGGAUUCGGAGCUUUCUGGAGGUAAUAAUGAAAUUGGUGAACCUAGUAAGGCAAAGAAAUUCAGUGAUCUCCCAUCAUCUUCAUCGUCUUCUUCUUCGUCCGGAAUUCGUUCAGCAGAGCCUCCACCAGCAAUCCCCUGCAUUGAGAAGCUUCGUGAAGAACUUUCUUGUGCUAUUUGUUUGGAGGUUUGUUUCGAACCGAGUACCACUCCUUGUGGACACAGUUUUUGUAAAAAGUGUUUGCGAUCUGCUGCUGAUAAAUGUGGGAAGAAAUGCCCAAAGUGCAGGCAGCUUAUCAGCAAUGCAAGAUCUUGCACUGUGAAUACUGUUCUCUGGAACACAAUUCAGUUGCUAUUUCCAGAAGAAGUCGAAGCAAGGAAGAAGGCAGCCGCCAUUGCCAAAGAUGCCCGGGAACAGACUCCAGCAGAAAAGAAUCAUCACCAUCAUCAUCAUCAUCAUCAUCAUCAUCAUAUUAGUAGAAACAGAAGAGUCCCGGUCCUAAUAAAUAGCCCGGAAAGAAUGAACCCCCGCGGUGGUGGUGCACAAAGAAGGAAUUUUGGGCUUAAUGGUGUGGUGGCAUCAAGAAGAGGAAGUGAGUUUAUCAGUGUUGCAAGGCCAAGAAGAGGUCAGGUGGAGGAGGAAGAUGAUGCUGCAUUGGCAUUGAGAUUGCAAAGAGAGGAGUUUAUGGGAAUGGGUUCCAACAAUGGCAACCAACAACAACAACAACACAGGAGGAACUCGCUUGCAUUGGCCAGGGAAAAUUUGAGAGCAAUGGCAUCAAGAGCCAUUAAUAUUCGUCGGCGAACAUAAACUGAUGUUGCAAGAAAGUACUCCGUGCAUAUGUGUCGUUUGUUUUGUAGCACAUUCGAACAAGGGUGUAACUUUUAAAGAAAGAUAUAAAUGUGAU